GUUCCUAACGCGUAUCCCCGAUUUUACGUCGUGCGGUCUCGUUGCGCUGCGGAUUCUCAUAUACCGUGGAUUUUUUUUCAGCACUUGAGGGUGGUCUAACAUGUAUCCUUGAUUCGAUUAUGAUUUUCUUCGUGUGGUGGUUAUAACAUGUAACUAGUAUCUUGUGGUGUCCUUGGACGGGAAUUGUUAGGCAGGUUUGAAAGGUGUGAAACAUUUUUUUUCCGGUAGUGAUUGAAGGAAUGUCUGAAAGGAUCAAGCGAUGGAUAGCACCAUAGUACGCUGGAAGACAAGAGGCUUUCAGGACACAAAGUCGGUUGAAACUUCUUGAGCGGCAUGUUUUUAAGAUGCUCAGAUGUAUCUUUAGGCUAAUAUGUGAAAGAGUUAAAUAGAAUGGGUUGACACCUGAUCGAAUAGUGCUGAAGUUGUUUCAAAAUAUUACAUAUCCUGAAUGAAUUGCGGUCAAUACCAGUUCGUCGAAUGCUAAUGUGAUUGUCCUUGUGUAACAAACCCACGUGAAAAGUUAGCCACUACCAGUGCAUUGUGUUCAGAUAAAUUGUGCCACAAGUACGAAGAAAGGCCCAUCGAACCUGUUAAGCGCAUCUAACCAAAAGGAUACGCUGACAUCACUUACGACUGUAGGCCACCCAAGUCCCAAAUGAUCUGUUAAGCAGAAAUCAAUAUGGAGCUCGUCUACAACGAACCCGAGAUGAAUGACGCCACCUUUGACUGAAGGACUCAAAGUGCUGGAGUUGCCAAUAAAAUCAUGAAACUUGAAUCUCCUUAAACAUUCGACCCAGGCUUAUCCUUUGCUUCCAUGCAAGGCUUCUCGAUCCCAACAAACAUUAGUGAGGACAAUGAAACGAAAAACCAAGCUAUAAAUCGCCCAGUCUCCGUUCUUUCCUUUAGCAUUUUAAUUAGUUUUUAGUUCGUUUUUUUCGCCGUGUUUUCCUGGAAAGGAAGUGUAUGUUUACACGCGCCCCCACGGAGUGAGGUGCAACAAUCCAUAGUCUGUGUAUAUAGUUGUGUUUGUGCGCGGGAAGUGUCCUUUUUCCGAGCUGUCCUGUUUUUAUUUUGCAAGCAUAGAUUCAGCAAGCAAGAACGCUUCCCACAAUGCAACGCUCCCACGGAAGGCGUACGGAAUUGAAAUUUAAUCACUAUCUGGCGGUUUUAGUGUCCUGUCAGCUGUUAACAUCCGCAAGUCCACCGGUCGAAGCAUUUCGAUCCCAACAACAAUCGCAUCAAUUGCAGUCGUCACAUUCGAAUGGCAGCCAUGGCGGGGGUGGAGGCGGAUCAAGCAAUCCGGACAAGGACAAACACGUGAGGACAAUGGACAUCGAAGCAGUAGAAGGUAGAAUGGUUUCGUUGCCGUGUCCAAUUUCAGCACCUCUAGACGAUGUUUACAUGGUCUUAUGGUUUCGAGACAACGCAGGAAUACCACUUUAUAGUUUCGACGUACGAAACAAGCUAUCAACAGACGAACCAAGGCAUUGGUCGGCGCCUGAAGUAUUUGGUUCACGUGCCAAAUUCAAUUUUGACUCAACACCCGCAUCAUUAGACAUUAAGGAUAUCAAACGUCAUGAUCAAGGAGUGUAUCGAUGUCGAGUUGAUUUCCGAACGAGUCAAACACAAAGUUUUCGAUUCAAUUUAACGGUGAUAAUUCUUCCGGAGCAACCAAUUAUCCUGAAUCGAUGGGGUCAAGUACUGAACGGAACGGAGCUGGGGCCAAAACAAGAGGGCGAUGAUAUCGUUAUUACUUGUCGUGUUGUUGGAGGACGACCCCAACCACAAGUACGCUGGCUGGUGAAUGGACUUUUAGUGGACAAUCAAAACGAACAUAAUUCCGGUGAUGUGAUUGAAAAUCGACUUUUGUGGCCUUCCGUUCAGCGAAAUGAUUUGCAUUCGGUCUUCACAUGUCAAGCGGUCAAUACGGAUCUGGUGAAGCCAAAGGAGCGAAGCUUUAUCCUCGACAUGCGAUUAAAACCGCUUACAGUGAAUAUUACAAAUGCUCCACAUUCAAUGGUAGCCGACAGGCGAUACGAAGUAAUUUGUGAAAGUACAGGAAGUCGACCGGCGGCGAUUAUAACGUGGUACAAAGGGAAACGUCAGCUAAGAAGGACGAAGGACGACAUUAUGUACAAUAAUACCAGUCGGUCGGAACUAAGUUUUGUACCAACAACGGAUGAUGAUGGAAAGCACCUCACAUGUCGAGCGGAAAACCCAAACGUGAACGGUUUGUUUCUGGAAACUUCGUUAAAGCUGAAUGUCGUAUAUCCACCUUUAGUAACAUUACGACUAGGAUCAACGUUGACUCCGGAUGAUAUCAAGGAAGGGGAUGAUGUUUACUUUGAGUGUCACGUUCAAUCGAAUCCUCCGUGGCGUAAGCUCUUAUGGUUGCAUAAUGGCAUUCACUUAGAACAUAAUACAUCCGCCCGAGUUAUCAGGUCGAAUCAAAGUUUGGUGCUGCAAAAAAUUACGCGAUUCUAUGCCGGAAAUUAUGCAUGCAGCGCAAUCAACGAUGAAGGAGAGACGGUCAGCAAUCACUUGCCGUUGAGAGUAAAAUAUACACCAAUAUGCAAGUAUUCCGAUCGUGUUAUCCUAAUUGGUGCUUCAAAGGAUGAAACAGUCGAAGUGGCAUGUGAAAUUCAAGCCGACCCACCACCAAGAAAUUUUCGAUGGAAGUUCAAUAAUUCUGGAGAAACACUGGAUGUAGGCAAUGAACGAUUUACGAUAAACGGAACCAGGAGCAUAUUAAAAUACACGCCGGUGACAGAUCAGGAUUAUGGAACAUUGUCAUGUUGGGCAACUAAUGAAGUCGGAACGCAACAUCAUCCCUGCAUGUUUCAAGUGGUUUUAGCAGUUCUGCCAAGUGCCGUCAACAAUUGUACCCUUUACAAUCGGACCGAUUUAAGCGUUGAAAUACAAUGCAUUCCUGGAUAUGAUGGAGGCUUACCGCAAAUGUUUGUAUUGGAGAUGUUCUCAACGAAAACGGGAAGCACAAGAUUCAACGUUACAAAUCCCGAAGAGCCGCAAUUCAUUCUAGACAACCUGGACACGCUUACAACAAUGAUGACAACCGAAAAUAAUUCGCUGAGAGUGAGGAUUUACGCAGUCAAUCAAAAGGGGCGUAGUCCUGGUUACGCACUACACGAUUUCGUAAUUGGCUAUACAUCGCUUAAGACAGAAAGUGAUGCAUCAUUGACACUAUCGCCCGUUUUUGUGGGCACCGUAUUGACUAUUAUUGUUAUCAGUCUUGUCAUCGCAUUGAGAAUUUUCAUCACGACAUUCUUGCAAAAUUUGAAAAGAAAUCGUCAGCAAAAUUCAAAAGGACCUGUGUGCGGAACGUUGCAGCAAACGGUGAAAAGUGAUUCGUUCAAGAAGGGCGGCAACAUGGAAAAACCACGAUGGCAACAUACAGACAUAAAAACGAAAUCAUCGACAGAUGAUAUCAUCGAGGAUGAACGAGAUCCAGAUGUGAUACCAUCACAAUUCGUUGGAAGCGGUGGAGGCGGCGUUAAUUCGAACGGCAGUAGCGGGGAGCAUCACCACUUCACGCCGCCACCUAUAACAAAAUGGUCGCCUAGCUCGAACCACACUAUCUACGACACAGUUCUGCAAGCAAACAUCGUCAAUGCUCCCGGCAUUCCGACAUACAAUCAAAUCAACACCCGUCCCCAUCUGGCCUCAACGACUGGAUUGAGUGGAACCGGUGGUGCUACUUCCCUUAUCGUUGGAUUGGGUUCAUCAACGAAUCAUACACUGACAUCACCAAUUGGUUCGGUGACGUCAUCAUCGACAACAACAUCGACUGCAUCCCCAACACCCCAUGUCAUCUCCAACGCACUUGCAACAACAGCAACAUUCGGAGGUGGCCUACCAAAUGGUCCCGGUACAAUUCGUACGGCGGCAGGACGAAUAAUUGCAGUGCCAGGAAGUGGUGGGGGUGGUGGUGUAGGUGUUAGCAACAGCAGUAGUAGCCUAGCUGGCGGCGGUGGUAGUACAAUCCUAUUGGGUGGUAGUAAUUCAACAAGUCUAACUACAACGGAUUUAGAGGAUAUUAAUAUUAAUGCUAUUAAGGAUUGCCUGAUGACACAGCGUGUCCCAGAGAGUUGUGUUUGAAAUUCUAGUCGUUUUUUCAUAUAGUCCUUUUAUGCGAAAUUUUCUAGUGAUUUUAAGUGAAAAUGGAGAGUGAAUAUUUUUGUUUGUUUGUUAGUUUUGUUGGAUUUUUUAUUUAGGCGUUAAGAAGGAAGAGGAUUUAAUAGAUUAAGGCGUGAACAUUAAGACUAAAACCUUGAAAGGAAAACAAACCUAGCAUAUAAGCUGAAAUGCGAUUUGAAUCAUAUUAAGGAUAAAACACUGCUGAAAUUCGUUAUAGUAAGGAACGUGUGUUUAUGUGGAGAAGAAUAUGUAUCUUCCACCACCCCGCGAACUCCUGACAUAUAUCAACCACUUGGAUGUAGCGCCAUAUCGUCGAGCCUAGUUCAAUAAAUAUCACGUUUCAGGAGGCAGCAUUAACACAAUGAAAUGAAAAAAAUUCAAUUAAAUCAAUCCAUAUCAAAUAAAGUCGAAAAUCGAGAAGAAAAAUUUAUUAAAUGUUUAAAAGUUUGAUCUAUUUGAAUUGGUUGACAGAUUCAAGGACGGGGGUGCAAAAAUAAGAGAAAAAUAUCGUGGAAAAAUAGCCCUUCAAACGUAAAAACAAACAAAAAUCUGAGAUAGAUUUAUAUAUCAUUUUCAAUUGAAUAUCAUCCUCCCUUUUGGGAAGUGAUUUAAUCUAUUAUUUUAAUGCUACAUCCAAACAAACACCAUAUCGACAUGAAGGAAGAAAGUGACGAUAAAGCCGCUUUGCUAGUAACAUAAAACAAUAAUAAUUUUCCUGUAUAAAUUGAAUGAAACCAAAUAAAAUCAAAUUCAAAAUAGAUACAAUAAUCUGUUCAAUGCGGAUGCAAUCAUUGCAUUCCACCUGAAUGGAAAAAAAUAACAUUCAAGUUUGUUUACGGAACAUGUCACCCUGAAAACAACACAUCCCUUUUAUCCAAUUUUUAUAAAAGAAAAAAAAAACGAAAACUACUAAAAAAAAGAUAAUAGAAACCACAUAUAAAGAUAGGUAGCGCCAAUAUAUCAUUGCUAGAAAAUAAAUUUUUAUUUUAGGUUUAUAAAACAAAUGGAACUAGUUGGAGUAAUUAGAAACAAUUGAAUUAAUAAUUAUAAUGGAAGUUUGCAGAGAUCACGAGAACCCUAUAAUGAUUUUUCUUUUGAAGAAACCAAAAAAAAAGAUAUAAAAAAGUUGAAAGAUUUGUAAAAGUGUCUAGAUAAAAUACUACUAUAUUAUAUAUGUUUAAAAAGAAGCAUAUGCAAAUGACGAUAAGAAUCUUAGAAGUAUGUAUUUAUCAAAAAUGAAGGAAGAAAAUGGAAAAAUUAAGGGAAAAUAUCGUGUGAAAAUGGAGCUGGAAAAAACAAACGAAUGUUUCUUUCCACUGGGAAAUAUCUUGUAAAUAAAACAUGGAAUGAUUUUAAAUGAAAAAUAUAAA